GCUCCAAGGGAAGGCUUCACGAAACUACCGUCACACGAGGAUCUCGGGCCUAUAAAUUGUCGACCUCGUCGCUCUUCGCAGAGCACAAACAACGCUCAUACUCAUAGUCAUAAACCACUCCUGCACUCUCACUCGAUUCACCUCUACCAGCAACUCGCCACUUCCUCCCUGAGAAAUUAAACUGAGAAAUGGCACCGCCUCACAGUCACAGAAGCUUCCGCGGCUGGCAGAACGCGAGCCACGUCGCGCUUGUGCUGGUGUCCGUGCUGUUCCUGAGCAAGGCACGUCCCUCCGCGGGCGCCAGGAGCCUGCUGGAGCUGUACAAGCCGCCGGCCAGCGCGCUCCUCACGUACCACAACGGCGCCGUGCUGCAGGGCCGCAUCCCGGUGACCAUCCUCUGGUACGGCCGCUUCGCGCCGGCGCAGAAGGCCGUGGUCACCGACUUCCUCCAGUCGCUCACCACCACCGCCUCGCCGCCGUCCCCGUCCGUGUCGCAGUGGUGGGGCACCAUCGACCAGCUGUACCUGUCCAAGGCGCGGAGCGGCGGCGGCGGCAGCGCGCAGGUGGCGCUCGUGGGGCAGGCCGCCGACGAAGGGUGCUCGCUGGGGAAGCGCCUCGCGCUGUCCCAGCUCCCGCAGCUGGCGGCGCGGGCCGGGCCGGCGGCGAAGGGCGGGGUCGCGCUGGUGCUCACCGCGCAGGACGUGGCCGUGGACGGGUUCUGCACGAGCCGCUGCGGCCUGCACGGCUCCGACGCCGGGGCCGGGGCCGCCUACGUCUGGGUCGGCAACGCCGAAACGCAGUGCCCCGGGCAGUGCGCGUGGCCGUUCCACCAGCCGCUGUACGGGCCCCAGGCGCCGGCGCUCGUGCCGCCGAGCGGCGACGUCGGCAUGGAUGGCAUGGUGGUCAACAUCGCCAGCAUGGUCGCCGGCGCGGUCACCAACCCGUUCCGCGACGGGUUCUACCAGGGCGACAAGGACGCGCCGCUAGAGGCCGCCACCGCCUGCACGGGGGUCUACGGCAGCGGCGCCUACCCCGGUUUCGCAGGCAACCUGGCGGUGGACGGCACCACGGGGGCGAGCUACAAUGCCAAUGGUGCCAACGGGAGGAAGUACCUGCUUCCCGCUCUGUUCGACCCUGCAACCUCUACGUGUUCGACUUUGGUUUAACGCCCAAGGAAACAGUCCUGUCAACUGUGUAGUAACGCUGUGUAUAUAGUAUGAGUUUGAUAAGGAGUGUACUGUGGUUAGUGUUGAUAUCUGCAUCAUAAUACAAUAUAAAAAAAACAUAUGUGUGUGGUGCAUGAGGGAGCAAUCUGGCCUGAAAAAAACUUUAAAAUCAUGCGUCUAAAUAUUAGCUAACCUUUUGGUUUC